AGGCAAACAAACUGAAAAAAUAUAAAGGAAAUUCAUUAGGAAUUGCCUUUUAAAAAAAAAUCCAUUUUCCUCCAUGUGAAAUGGCUUCCGCUUUAGAACAGUUCGUUAACUCAGUCCGGACUUUAUCCAAUCACGGCAACCUUAGAGAACUUGCCGACGUGAUAACUAAAUCCAGCGAAGUCUUGACGAAAAAUUUGCAACACCUCGACAAUGUCCUCGAAACCUUAGACGUGCACCAGCACUCUUUAGGAAUGCUGGCGGUUUUAAUAGCAAAAUUCAGUUGCCCCAACGUUUCGUUGCCCGAUAAUAGAUUUGUGCAGGCUCGGGAGUUUAUUUUGAAUUGCAACGUCGAUCAAGUUAGGAGUGCACCUGAUUUAUUCGCAGAAUUUUCCCAUUUGUUCACCAAUUACCUUGUCGAACAAAAAACUGCAAUAAAAGGCAUUCAUUUGUUAAAACUUGCUAUUAUAAGACUAAAAUAUUUAUCAGAAAAUCAGCUUACUUCAGUUCAUGCUGAUUUAUGCCAACUGUGUUUGUUGGCUAAAUGUUUUAAGCCGGCUUUGGAGAUUUUGGAUGUUGAUAUCGUCAGUAUUUGCCAAGAAAAUAUUCAUACUAACCCAAAUAUCCCUCAUUUUGAUGCAAAAUAUUUUUUAUUGUAUUACUAUUAUGGAGGCAAAAUCUAUUUAGCGUUAAGAAAUUUGGACAGAGCAUUGUAUUUCUUUGAAGCGGCUUUAACUACUCCUGCACAUGCAGUUUCUCAUAUUAUGUUAGAAGCACAUAAGAAAUUUAUUUUAGUUUCUUUAUUAUUACUUGGAAAAGUUCAACAACUCCCAAAAUAUUGUUCAAAAGUCGUGGUGAGAUUUAUAAAACCCUUAUCUCAACCCUAUAACGAUUUGGCUCAAGCUUUUACUAAUAAUAGUUUUACCGAAUUAAAUAACAUCAUAACAAAACAUGCUGAAGUAUUCAACAGAGACCAUAACAUGGGUUUGGUGAAGCAGGUUUCUUCAGUGCUCUAUAAGAAAAAUAUCCAGAGACUCACAAAGACCUUUUUAACUUUAAGCUUGACUGAUGUAGCUAGUCGCGUUGGAUUACCUGGUCCUGCUGAUGCAGAAAAGCACAUUUUAAGCAUGAUAGAAAAUGGUCAAAUUUAUGCCACAAUAAAUCAAAAAGAUGGUAUGGUAGUAUUUAGCGAUGAACCUGAUAAAUACAGUGGUCCUGAUGUGCUUAAAACCUUGGAAGAUGAGCUGUCCCUUUGUAUGGAGUUCAAUAAUAGGAUUUUGCUUAUGGAUGAAGAAAUUCAAGUGAAUCCGCAAUAUGUUAAAAAAACAGCUGGCUUGCAAGAGGAAGAACAGCCCAGUAAAAGCAGUUUUGCUAUGUAGGAUUUUGUAACCUUUUAAUGUUAAGAUAUUUAAUUUGUUUUCUCUUUUGCCUUUUUGUGAAUAAAUAUUUUUGUUCAUUUA